CCCCGACCCGCCCGCCCGCGCACGCACGCGCGCCCACCGCCAACCGCCGCCACCGGCCCAGCGCCAUGGCCGCCCUGGCUCCCGGAGACCCCAAACUCGUCUCCAUGAUCGUCAAUCACCUGAAGAACCAGGGCCUCUUCGACCAGUUCCGCCGCGACUGCCUGGCCGACGUGGACACCAAGCCUGCUUAUCAGAAUUUAAGACAACGAGUGGAUAAUUUUGUGUCCAACCAUCUUGCAAGUCAUACAUGGAGCCCUCAUCUCAACAAGAAUCAAUUAAGAAAUAGUCUUAGACAGAUGGUACUACAGUCGGGUAUGCUGGAGGUAGGCGUUGACAGAAUUAUUUCUCAAGUUGUGGAUCCAAAAAUUAAUCACAUAUUCCGACCUCAGGUCGAAAAAGCUGUUCAUGAGUUUUUAGCAACAGUAGAUCGGAAAGAAGAGCCUGCUGCUGUAAAUGGUGCUCAAAACUCUGAGAAACAAGAAUCAACUACUCCAGGUCCUUCCAGUUGUCCUAAUACAAGCAAAGCUGAUGAUGCCCUUUCUAUCCUGGAUACAAUAACCUCUCUUAAUCAGGAAGCUAGUGCUGCCAGGUCUACAGUUGAAAAUUCGUCAAGUAAAAAUUGUGAAAAGAAUUCUAAGAAGAUCUCCACGACAGAAAUGAAGUCUCAAAGUUUUGAUCUUGGAAUGGAGAAAGAUCAUGUCACUGAAGAAGCUGAAAAAUCUAUAUUGGAAGCCAAAGUGGAUGAUGGGAAGAUAUAUUCUAAGUCAGAAGGAUCAAUUAAUGCUUUAACAUCUUUGAAGGCAUGUGAAGAUAAGCAUGAAAAGGCUGAGACUAUUGUGGAAAGUACAGAAGAUGUGAAUGAUAAGAGAGACAAAGAUGCAAUAAGAAAUGAACUAAUUGGGCUUUCAAAGAUCGAGAGAAGGGGAAGAAGAAAAAACUCUGAAUCUGUGAGACGCAUUUCUGAAAUUCUAACUGUUAAACAGACGGCCAAGGAAAACUUAAAGAAAGAAUAUUUCCUGGAAGAUUCUGAUUUUGAAGGCCUGAGUGACAUUACUGUCAGUUCCGUCCACACCAGUGAUCUUUCCUCUUUUGAUGAGGAAGAUGAUGAAGAAGAGGAGGGUGAAGUUCCAGAUUCUGACAGCUCUGAUGAAGUUCAAGAACAAAGUUCAGAAGAAAAAGAUAUGAAUGUAGAACCAAAUGAAGAAGGACAAAAGGAAGGUAAAGCAAAACCAGGACGACAUCCAUAUGUCCACAAACCGUUUCUGUAUUCAAAGUACUAUAGUGAUUCAGACGACGAAGAAACAGUAGUACAACGUCGACAGUCAAUCGCAAAAGAAAAGGCAGAGAGGUUAUUGAGGCGACAGUGGAACAGGGAAAGAGGAGAGGACAAGCACAAACAGUUGGAAAUUGAGAAAGAUGGGCCACCAGAAGAGACUCAAAGGAAUGAAGAAAAUCUCCAAAUAUUGGAAAAAGGUAUUAACAGUAAUUCAAGUGUUGAAACCAAUUUAAGAACAAUGCAAGAGCCAACAGCACAAAUUUCAAAAGUUAGCAAAGCAGCUUUGAAAGAGCAAAAAAUCUUGGAGAAAAAAGUGGCAUUGAGAAGAAAAAGGAAAGGAGAUUUAAGAACAUUAUCUCGGGAAAUUGAUUUGCACCAUGAAGAUAGAAAAAGAAAGAGAGAACUGCCAGAAGAAUUUAAGGAGACACGGAAUAGAUCUGAGAACAAGGAAAAAGCUUUUGCUUCUUGCACUUCUAAAGACUCCAAGAAUGCACAGUCCACAGAUCAGUCACUCGGAUCUGUUCAGAUACUUUCGGAGUUUAGCCAGUCCAAUAGUGAAAGAAACAACCAUUUAAAAAAUGAUCACGAGUCUAGUCAAAAGCAACCAAGAAACAAUGAUUCAGAUGUGGGCAGAUUGGAUAUGUCUGGAGUAAAUAAGCUUGAUGACUUUGGAUUAGAGGAAAAUCUUACAGAUUCGUCAAAGCACAAAGAUGAGAUAAAACAUGUAAAACAAAGUGGGGAAGUAAUGUCUGAAAGCAGCCCUUGGACACAUGAUGUUCAUAUUGACGCUGAUCAAAAGCAGGAAUCUGCUUUAGAGGACAAUGUCACAACCAGCUGCCAUCAGGUUAUCUCAUCGCGUGACAGCAAAGCUCUAAUUUCUUCAACAGAUUCUGCAGAAUUACCAAUAAAAGAACAUGGUCAAGAUGUCAAAUCUAGGGACCACUCAAAACUAAAAGAAGAAAAAGGGAAAGAAAAGAAAUAUACUGCUGAAAGCUCCGGACCAAAGUCUAGGGAGCAUACACAGGAAGAUACAAAGGGUCAUGAGAAAAACAAAGAAAAAAGAAAUGAAUCUGAAUGCAUGCGGCCAAAGUUCAAAGAAAACUCACAAGAUGAUGUGAAAUCCAGUGACAAAUGGAAAGAAAAAAGAAAUGAUUCUGAAAACUCGUGCUCCAAAUUCAAGGAAAGCAUACAUGAAGAUGCUAAAAGCAGAGAAAAGAAAAAUGAUUCUGAACAUGGUCGAACUAAAUCUAGGGAAAAUACUGUAGAUGAGAAAAGCCAUGAGAAAGGUAAAGACAAGAAAUACAUGGCUGAACGCUCUCGAUCAUUAUCUAAGGAAGGCUUCCAGGAGGACAUGAAAGGUAAUGAAAAAGUAAAAGAAAAGAAAGGUGAAUCUGGGAACUCCCGAUCAAAAUCCAGAGAGAAAUUGCAUGAUGACACAAGAAGUCAUGAGAAAGUCAAAGAGAAUCAAAAUGAAUCUGGAAUCUCUCGGUCAAAAUCAAAGGAAACUGUACAGGAGGAUGUUCGAAAUAAAGAUAAACAGAAGAACUUUGAAAAUUCACGGUCAAGAUCAAAGGAAGAUUUGCAAGAAGAUAAAGCAAGGGAGAGGAAAAUAGGAAAGAGAAGAGAAUCUGAAAGCUCCUUGUCAAAAUAUAAGGAAAGAGUUGAUGGCUCUCGAUCCAAAACAAAGGAAAGCAUUGAAUUGUCACGAUCAAAGUCCAAGGAAGAUGAUGAAUAUAUUCAAAAAGGAAUAGAGAAAAAGCAUGAUUCUGAAACUGCUCGCUUGAAAUUCAAUAAAAACAUGUAA